GCCCGAGCCGGGGCCGUGACAGCCUCUACAGUCCAAGCUGCCCCACGCCUCGCCCUUCCUCUCCUCCGUCUCGCCCAAGCCAUGAACUUUGGCCGCGGUCCCUCGGUGGUGUUGAACGUCGGGGGCACCCGGUACUCUUUUUCCCGGGAAGUACUGAAGGAUUUUCCGCUGCGGCGGGUGAGCCGCCUCCACGGCUGCCUCUCGGAACAGGACGUGCUGGAGGUGUGCGACGACUACGACAGGGAGCGGAACGAGUACUUCUUCGACCGGCACUCGGAGGCCUUCGGUUUCAUCAUGCUGUACGUGCGGCACGGCCACCUGCGCUUCGUCCCGCACAUGUGCGAGCUCUCCUUCUACAACGAGAUGAUCUACUGGGGGCUGGAGGGCUCCCACCUCGAUUACUGUUGCCAGCGCCGCCUCGACGACCGCAUGUCCGAGACGUGCACCUACUACGCGGCGGAAGAGCCACCGGGGGACCAGGUCAGUGGCCCCGAAGGCAAGGGCCGGCGGCCGCAAGGAGCCGAGGGCGGGAAGUGGCUGGAAAGGAUGAGGAGGACUUUCGAGGAGCCCACAUCUUCCGUGGCCGCCCAGAUCCUGGCCACCGUCUCCAUUCUCUUCGUCAUCGUGUCCAUGGUGGUGCUGUGCGCCAGCACCCUGCCCGAGUGGCGGGCGCCGGAGAACCGCAGCGUGGAGGAGCAGAGCAGGUACACAGCAGAGUCAGUGAGGGAGCCCUCAGGGAUAAUCGAAGCUAUCUGCAUAGGCUGGUUCACUGCAGAGUGCAUUGUGAGGUUCAUCGUCUCCAAAAACAAGUGUGAGUUUGUCAGAAGACCUCUCAACAUCAUUGAUUUACUGGCAAUUACUCCUUACUACAUCUCUGUUCUAAUGACAGUUUUCACAGGGGAAAAUUCACAGCUUCAGAGGGCUGGAGUCACCUUGAGGGUCUUAAGAAUGAUGAGGAUUUUUUGGGUGAUUAAACUGGCUCGUCAUUUCAUUGGCCUUCAGACACUUGGUCUGACUCUGAAGCGUUGUUACAGAGAGAUGGUGAUGCUACUUGUCUUUAUCUGUGUUGCUAUGGCAAUUUUCAGUGCACUUUCCCAGCUUCUUGAAAAUGGGCUGGACUUGGGAACAAAGAAUAAGGAUUAUGCCAGCAUUCCUGCUGCUUGCUGGUGGGUGAUCAUCUCGAUGACUACCGUUGGUUAUGGUGACAUGUGUCCUAUCACUGUACCAGGAAGGAUUCUUGGAGGAAUUUGUGUGGUUAGUGGCAUUGUCUUAUUAGCCUUGCCAAUCACUUUCAUUUAUCACAGCUUUGUACAGUGUUACCAUGAGCUCAAGUUCCGAUCGGCUAGGUAUGGUAGAAGCCUCUCUGCUGAAUUCUUAAAUUGACUAAACUUACAUUUUGUUCUAUCUACUUGUUAAGCUUUGUCGUAGAAGAGAAUGGUGGAAGGUCCCUUUGUGUGUCCUUCUCAACAGGAUGGUCCUAUGGAACCAUAAUCUCACCAGCCUGGAGAAAGCCCAUCACCAUUCGGACAGCAAGGAUGGCCAGCUGCCUUGGGCACCGUGCAGGGAGAGGGAGCGAAGGUUCAAAUUUAAGAGAACAAAAUUAACAAAAGAGGAUCCAGAGGUCCUCCAUUAGACCAGUCUAGUCUUCAGUUUGCCUUUUCACACAAAAGCAGAAUAAAAAGAUGGGCUUAAAUGCCAUUCCCAUAACUACUUCUGAUACUGCUCUAAGCAACAUGUAGCAGAAGUUUUUCAAACGUUCCAGUAUCUGAAUGCUCCGUAAAGGCAUUGGUAAUUCUUGCCUGAAGUAUCAUCACUUAGCUAACCAAAUUAGAUACUGAAGGAGAAUCACUGCUACUUUUGAGGUUCGCAACAGAUUAGAGCUGGUUCUGUAACUUGGGAAAGGCAAAAACAGGCCUGUAGGGCAAAAAGUCUUGUAGACCAAUUCUGAUCUUUGGUGAAGCAAAUACAUCUGUAAAACCAGUGAAGCCAGCAGCAUUGCUCUGAAUUGGAUAAUUCAAAGAAGUGCACCUCCAAAUAUUGUACUGGGGACUUCCUUAGACCAAAUUAAUUUCUCCUCUGGAACCAAAUUAGUAGUAGAAGCAAGUGAUGUACUUCACAAAAAUCAGCAGAAAAAAAAUAGACAUUGGUUAAUAUAUUUUCUGGCAGCUUAGUUGAGAGCUGUCCAAAUUUUAUGUAUAUUCAGUUCAAAUUCAUCCACCCAAAGUUACAUACUCAAGAGCAUUUACCCCUCCACCCCAAAUUAAUCAAACAUAUAUAUCAUAGUGAAAGCUCUUUAAGACAAAUGAUAAGAUUUCAUCACUUGACAUAGUCUGGAAAAAGCACUGGAAAGCAAGAGUAGCUGCUCCCUGUCAGAGCAUAAUGUUUAAGUUCUGCACUCCUCACUGAAGGAUACACUGUAUUUUAACGGACGUUUUAAAAACAGCAGAGCAUACCAAAGAAAGUGAAAUAUAGAAGUAUAAGUUGCAUUUGGCAAAACUGAUAUAUUCUCCAAUGUAACUAAGACAUUUUAAUUAAUCAAAUUAGCUUCUGAAAUAUUGUUCACUGCAUUUCUUCUGUAGCAUCAUUUAGUGUAAUUCUGAAAGGUUGCUAUGUAGAAGUGUGCAGUCAGAUGAACACAGUAAGGUACAGCUUUAUGAAUGUGGGUACCAACAAACAUCAACAAGGAGCUUUCUUAUUGAGAUGGAAGUUCAGAGUCAUCAGCAUAGCUGAGUUUGGGCUACUUGCCUGAAAACACUGCAUUUUCUGUUACUGUGCUGUAGAAGCAUUUUUUACAUAGAUUCUUGUUAAAAGCUUUAGAAGUAAAAUGAGUACCACCUAGAAAACACCUCUAGAAUUGCUCACCCAAAAGUACCACAUUGGUCAGUAACCAGGACAUUGAAGGCUCUACACUGAGAUCUGAAAAAAUUAUAAUUUGAAGUGGUCUUGGUCUAAAGUAGUAUUGCAGAAUUACAUUGCAAAUGUAGCUUUUCUGAAGAGCUGGAAAGAAUUUUAAUAACCUGCUUACAAACAAUCCUGAGUUUUCCUGAAAUAGUUUUUCAAGACUACAUCAUUAAGUAACAUUGCAGCCAUACUCCGAUUCUUGCCACCGACACAUUCUGGUGUUCAGAUUAGCUCUGUAGUUCCUCAGAUGACUGUGGUUAUGCCUUUUAUGUCCAAGUCGUGCCAUUCAGAAAUUGUCUUCAGCAUUCCACAGAGAGGUAAGCACAAAUGUCUUCCAUAGGUGAAAUUCACAGCUGAUGUUAGUUAGGCAAGUUGUGACUUCAGAGGCACUUAGGUGUUUCAGACUAGCAAAGAUGCUGGCUCUGCAUGUGUUCCUGUGUAUGUCCUGCAUAUGUAAUAUAUUAUAGUCAGUUAAAAAAAAUUUUUUUCUCCUCACAAAAAUUUUCCUACUUGGUAAAAUUUAAACUUCAGACUUUAAUCCAAACACAGCUGUUGAAGAAAUUGACAUUUUUAUCUUCUAAUGAAAAGUUUGACAGUAAUAAAUGCAUUUUUGAGGAGAAAAAAAGCUGGUUUUUGUGUACUUUGCUCUGAUUUUUUUCCCCAUUAAAAAUAGGCUUAAAAAGUCAACACCAAGAUAGUUUUUAACAAUCAGGAAAAUCAGUAUUUUUCAUAAAACUUACUUUGGUUUUAGUCCAUGUAUUGUAUUUAACCAAACCAAUACUCUGAAGAUACAACCCUCCUCCCACAAAACGCCCAAACCAUCAUCACAAUGACAACAGUUAGAAGUUGAUACAGAAUGAGAAUAUACUUUAAAGUAUGUUGCCAUCUUUUCAAGACAAGAUAAAAUGCAUUUCAGCACUACCUUAAUUCUGCCCAGACAAAGGAAAAAAAAAUACUGCACAAAGUAAUUUUCACCAUGAUUCAUGUUGUAUGAGCAAUUAAGGAAGGAUGUUUUCAAAGAUCCAGGCUAUUUGUGGUAUACAAACAAAUUGUCUGAUCAUUUAGAAAGAGUUUUCCAGCUAAAGAAGCAUUUCCCAGUGUUAAAAUAUCCUCAGGUGAAAAUAACCCUGUAAAAGAAUAAGUCUGUGGAGAUUCUCUCAUCCUGUUUUGUGGUGUUUUUUUUUAACAGCUUAUGUUCACUUUUUAUAUGUCAAACUGUGAACAGAAUGACCUAAUGUAUUUUUUGAGUUACAAUAAACUAUUUUGAAACUGCUCUACAGAAGCCCACUAAGGAGAGGGGCUGGGGUAGAGGUGUUUUCCCCAUUUCUGUUGUUGUAUAAUUAUCAGUGUGUAGCCUUUAGUUUCCAUAGAAACCAGGUUGAAAUAACGUCAUCUCAGCAGCGGCCUUAAAACACAGUUUUAUAGUAAGCAAAGAGUUCAUGACUUCUAGCUGUUUUCAAUGGACCAGUGUUUUGUUAGUGAAACUUGCAGCUCCCUGUGUAGUCAAAAAUCAGCAUGUUUAGUAAAACUGAUGCAACUGUUUUACUAGUUUACUUGAGAGUACAUUUUAUGCAGACAGGGGUUCAGUGCUCUAGUUCACGACAGAGCGUUUCAAAGCCAAAUGAAGGCAGGCUGGCUCAUCUACAGUCGUUGGCAGUUUGAACCCCAUACAAUAAAUUCUUCAUGGGCAGUACCUCUUUCAAUAUCUGAAACAUUCACAGUGGGAACAAAUAGGAUGAAAUAUAAAUACAGUAAAAGAAGGGACACGUUAAUUGUGAUCCAGCCUCCUGGAUUAUCUAAACCUAAAGGCAGUGCAAAUGAGUUUUGAACUGCUGUUGCACAUUUUGAUGACAGCAUAGGUUAAUUAAACAUUACAUAGGUUCAGUCUCAGGACUGACCAAUUGGAUCAAUAUGGGCUGAUUUUAAGCCAUUUUAUCAGCAUAGGGAUUGGCCAUUUAAAUAUGUGAUAUUAAUUAUUACUGUACAGUGGCUUGUCCAAGUGUACACAGCAGCAAGCUUGAGGAAAAUAAAAAAUCCCCAUUAAUAUAAGAUUCAGGCAUUUAAAUGUACCAGGUUUUCAUAUCACAUACACAAUUUGUGCCUGUAAACAAAUCACUCUUCAGCUUUUGCAGCAUUCAAGUUUCAUGUUUCCUAAAUAAAACUGAAGGCCUUAUGGGUGCAAAACACUUAUCUCUUCCCCUCUCGGUGACAGCUACAAAAAUCUUACCAGAUCUGAGUGUCUGCCAAGAAGUGGUCAUAUGCACACACCAGCCAGCUAAAUUCAGCAUCCAACCAGCCAGUUCCCUGGGAACCAGCACAACGAACAAGGUCUGCUGUGAUCUGAUUUUCUCCCACCUAAGUGGUUCAGGAUAAAACUACUGAAUAAACUUUGAGAAUUUGAAGUAUGCUGAAAUUUUUAGACUUAUCCUUUCAACUUAGCUUCCAAAGAACCAUUUUCUGGAAAACUGAGUAAGCUAUGUAUAGCUAAAAAGAUCAUACAGCUUUGUAUUUUUUUUCACUGUGAUCUUUCAAAAGGAAAUCGACUCUCAUUUUCCAUUAUUUGUUUGCAGAAGCAACCAUGCAGGUCAGUGUAUGUGCUGCUAGUUAAACUUGCUACAUAAACCAGAUCCCUCUUUAAAAUAAGUAGACUUGUCAAGAAAGGUCUUCCAGCUUUGCUAGAGCUGUAACCAUUUACGUUAGCUGAAAAGCUGUCCUAGCUCCUAUGGAAGGAACAACACAAUGCUGGUUUCAUAGUGACAAACAUGCAAUGUAUGGUCUGUGGAGUGCAACACAAUAUAGGGAGUAUCUUUUGCAGAUUGACAGCAUCAAUUUGAGCAUCAAGAUGGCUGCACAGUGAACCACUGUGACUGAUACUCUGCUCGACAGGAAAUUCUCAGAGCCACAGAAGAAUAAAUGUGAAUGUUUGCAACUACACAUUUUAGACUCCUUUAUUCCUUGCAAAUGCAAAGGUUUAUAGUUUUAUAUAAUGUUAAUUUUAUAUAUUGUUUGUUUAUCUGUAAACAAAAGUGUAUACUAUAAUUUGAAAAGGUAACAGAUGUAUUUUCUUGAUGUGAAUAUGGAAUUAGAUGCAUAAAAUGACAUUAAUAAUAAAAUUUGCUGGUCUUGUUGCUGUAGGUCAUGGACUACUGGUCAAAACACAGAUGUGUAUAAAAUGUGUUCUUUUCAACAAA